AUGCUCGCGACACAAGUUGCCCGCCGGGCCAUGCCCCUGUCCGGGUCCGGCCGGUUGGCCGCUUCGCCCAUUGCCGCUGCGGUCGCUGCUGCUGCUGCCGCCCAGCCCUCCGCGACCCCAUUGUCCGCUCGUCUCGCCGCCGCGGCCGCGCUCACCGCGAACAACGCGUCCCGGAGGCGGGCCUACGCCACGCCGUCCAAGAGCCUCCCCAAGGGCUUCCGCAUCACCCCGCGGCCCGAGUGGGACCAGGAGAAGGAGGGCACCAUGGACAAGGUGGGCAAGUACUUCUUGCUGCUCGAAAUGUUCCGCGGCAUGUACGUGCUCAUGGAGCAGUUCUUCCGGCCGCCCUACACCAUUUUUUAUCCCUUUGAGAAGGGCCCCAUCAGCCCGCGCUUCCGCGGCGAGCACGCCCUGCGCCGCUACCCCUCGGGCGAGGAGCGCUGCAUCGCCUGCAAGCUGUGCGAGGCCAUCUGCCCGGCGCAGGCGAUUACGAUCGAGGCCGAGGAGCGUGCCGACGGGUCCCGCCGGACGAGCCGCUACGACAUUGACAUGACCAAGUGCAUCUACUGCGGCUUCUGCCAGGAGUCGUGUCCCGUGGACGCGAUUGUCGAGUCGCCGAAUGCCGAGUACAGCACGGAGACGCGCGAGGAGCUGCUGUACAACAAGGAAAAACUUCUGUCCAACGGCGACAAGUGGGAGCCCGAGCUGGCCGCGGCCAUCCGUGCCGACUCUCCCUACCGGUAA